AUGGUGGCGAAUUUGCGAGCUUUAAAGAGUCUAGAAAAGAGAAUCAAAUGGGCCUUGAGGUCAGUGCAAGAUUGUUACCAACCCUUAAUAAAUAGCUCAAUGUCUUCUAAUCCCAUACCAAAUUGGAAUUGGGAGGGAACCAGAUUAAGUUAUGACAGUGCAGCCGAGACAGACUAUACCAAUGAGGACAUGAUUGAGGAAUUUUUAAUGGGCGGGUGUGACGCGAGACCUUCAACUCAACCACAAAAUGAAGAAGGAAAUCGCAGAACAGGCCAACGUACAAGACGAGCACCUUCUUGUGAAACUCACCGACGAUUGACACGACCCGGUCAAAAUCGAUAG